AUGGGAGCUCUGGACGUCUGUCCCUUUAUUCCUGUCAGAAAUGUAACAAUGGCAGAAUGUGUAUCCUAUGCAAAUAUAUUUGCAGAGAAACUGGCUAAAGAACUGCACGUACCAGUUUAUCUGUAUGGAGAGGCAGCUUGCAGUGAAAGUCGAAGAGCUCUUCCAGCAGUGAGAGCUGGGGAGUAUGAAGCACUUCCCACUAAGCUACAAAAUCCAGAAUGGAGUCCAGAUUUUGGAGAUUCAGUAUUUGUUCCAAGCUGGGGGGCAACUGCAAGCGGUGCUCGAAAAUUUCUUAUUGCAUAUAAUAUUAAUUUACUGACAACCAAAGAACUGGCUCAUCGCAUUGCCCUGAAUAUCAGAGAAGGAGGUCGUGGGAAAGGUCAGCCUGGUCGUCUGAAAAAAGUGCAGGCUAUUGGAUGGUAUCUUCAAGAGGAGAACAUGGCACAAGUGUCUGCAAAUUUACUAGAUUACGAGGUCACUCCACUACAUGAAGUGUAUGAGGAGACCCGCAAGGAUGCCAAGGAGUUGGGCCUUCCAAUACUUGGUUCACAAUUGGUUGGUUUAAUCCCUCUUCAAGCCCUAUUGAUGUCUGCAGAUUAUUAUAUUAAAGAGGAAAAUCUGUUCUUGCUGGAAGAAGACCACAAAAUCCGCUUGGUUAUUAACAGAUUAGGACUGGACUCUCUGGCUCCCUUUGAACCUAGGAAAAGAAUCAUUGAGUACCUUGUACAGGAUAACCUUUCUGGUGCCCUCAUCACACAGUCCGUAAAAGAGUUUGUACACAGUGUGGGAACACGCACCGCUACACCUGGUGGAGGCUCCGUUUCGGCUGCCAUGUCUGCUAUGGGAGCCGCUUUGGGCUGCAUGGUGGGACAGAUGACUUAUGGAAAGCGCCAGUUUGAAUCUCUGGAUGGUGUGAUGAGAGAAUUAAUUCCUCCAUUCUAUCAUGCGCUGGAUGAUUUGCUGGACCUCGUAGAUGCUGAUUCUAAUGCAUUUGCAAGCUAUAUGACUGCCCUCAAGCUCCCAAAAGACACAGAAGAACAGCAGCAGAAGCGGGUUGCUGCCCUACAGAAUGGUCUAAAGGAAGCUGUGGGCGUUCCAUUAAGCCUAGCUGAGAAAGUCAACACAUUGUGGAAGCCCCUGCUAGAGCUUUCUAAGCAUGGCAAUUCUGCAUGUAUAUCUGACCUUCAGGUGGCGGCAAAAGCUUUAGAGACUGGAGUGUUUGGGGCUUAUUUUAAUGUCCUUAUCAACCUUCGAGAAAUAAAAGAUGACGGAUUUAAAAGCCAGGUAACAAGUGUUGCAUUAAGUUUUUGUCAGCUGUAUCAGGCCAGAGGAUUGAGCGUGUCUAAUGUCUUCAGGAAACCUGUUAGAACUAGCAGGGCUACCACAGGUAUCUUCCUCCUGAAAGUGCUUUUGCCAGGCUUUACAGUAUAUGGCUUCAUUACUUCUAAUUUUUGUCUUGGAACUACUACUCUAAUGGAGCUAGUGGUAUUGGAUCCACAUGUUAGCCAGGCAACUAGCAUUUUUCAUAGGAUAACUCUAGCACUGGUAGUUUUACAUAUUUCUCUCAGCAUGGUUUUCCUUUAA